AUGUCCAAGGCCCACACCACUGCUGUCAAGUCAUUCAAUUUGAAUCACUCCACCUAUGAUAAAUAUCGUUUAUCAUUCUCCAAGGAAUUGACCAAAAAAUUUUUGGUUGACUUGAAAUUAGCUUCGGAGUCGGAGUAUCAUACCGACAAGAAGAUCUUGGAGCUUGCUGCUGGUACCGGUAAGUUCACUCGUAACUUAGUUGAAUUCGGCUGGGGUGAAAAUCUUGUUGCCGUUGAUCCUUCUUCUGGGAUGUUAACUACUUUGAAGAAAAAUUUCCCUUCGAUCAAAACUUAUGAAGGAUCUUCCUACGAGUUGCCUUUACCAGACUCGAGUUUCGAUUCUGUGGUUAUAGCCCAAGGGUGGCACUGGUUCAGUGACCGAGCUUCUUUGAAAGAACUUUACCGAGUCUUAAAACCAAAUGGAACCCUCGGUAUGAUUUGGAAUUUUGAUGUUGCAAGAAAAGAAAGUCUUGUUGAUACGUUAUCCCCAGAGCUAUUGCAAAAAGGAAAGGAAUUGGCCGCUUCGUUACCCAACUCACAAGAAAAACCUUACCUUUUAUCGCAUGCCAUUCUGGGUGAUACUUGGGCUGCAAAAACGGGUGAUCUUGCUUAUGGAUACGAUGUCAAUGUUCCUCAAUACCGUCAUGGUAAUUGGAGAAAUGUACUUAGCGAACACAAUGAUUACUUUACUAGUAUUGAAAAAGAAACUUUCUUAUUACAUGAUGCUGCCAUCAAAAGAGAAGACAUCUAUCUGUAUUGGGAAACCAGAUCAUACAUAACUGCUUUAUCUCAAAACGAAAAGGACAAGUUGAAGGUCAAGCUUAACGAAGCUUUAGAUAAAUAUGUUACCGAUGAUGAUAAGGUUCUAAUCAAUGGUGAAGAAUAUCUUCAUAGAAUUAUCGGUGCUCAUGCUAUUACUUUAACUUCCAAAAAACAAUAA